UGGCGUUGCCACUUAUCUACAGGAAAUUUGACUUUUGUGCUAACGGAAUCAAAAGAGUCACUAAAAAGGCGCGGCUGAUAAAAAAAAACAAUAUUGUCUGUUAGUAUUAAUAUUAAAGUCGAUUUUCGUCGUCCAUUAAAAUGUCGGGACCACCACAGCUUAGUAAGAUGCGGUCCAGUGCCGAGGCAAUGGCCUCGUUAGCACGGAACAAAGGAUCCUCCCAGGAUCAAGUGCAACAAGUGGUUGGAAAACGCUGCAACAACAACAACGACUUGGCAUCCAUCAUAGAUGAGCUGCAGAUGAAGUACGGAAACUACAAAUACACAGUUUACCGGUGUGCCAGCAAGUUUGUGGCGCUGCAAAAAAUCUUUCACACGGGAAAAGUCCCAUACAAAUUGGUCCUGGCCAUCCUGGAACGACAUGGUUUGCGUGGUAACCUAGAGCUGAUGGUACCUCCCUUUCAGCUGACGUCCCUGAUCCACGAUAUAUACUUUGCCUGUGAGAAGUUGGGCCACUUUGCGCAGGAAUCAAGCUUUCAGCUAGAAACAGCAUCAGAGUUGCUGGCCAAUUUCUUUUGGAAUGUCUACGAUCCGCAACGCCGUCACUCCAUCUCACUCCUGGAGAUCAAGAUCACACUUAUCUUGUUCUGCAACCUAUAUAGUAGUGAGCAGCUGGUUGCUGAUUUUUUUGGCUUGCUGGCGGAUCCCAAGAACCGGGUGAUUUCCCGUUACGCUUUUGAACAGCUUCUGGCCACGUUAAGUAAGCUGCUUAGCUACUUGGGCGAGGGUAAGGCUUAUGGUUCACACAAUCUGCCCCUGAUGAUGGAGCAGAGCUUUGCCAGAUGUCCACACGGGGUCGCAGGCCUAUCAGAGCAACAGUUUCACAAAUUAUGGACAGGGGCCGGCGUCCAGACUCGCUUCUUAAUCUACGGAAACCUUCUAGCUUUAAUUAAACGCAUUGAGGACACGGAACAUUUAAUACACAGUAACGCAUGCGCUGGCUGCCGUAAGGAGCGCAUUGUGGGCAUUCGUUUUAGGUGUCAGGUGUGCAGAGAUAUCUCACUAUGCCUUCCCUGCUUUGCCGAGGGAUAUGCUGGAGGUCGUCACGAACCCAGCCACCGGAUGUGUGAGGUGUUUGUUGAAGAUCAACCUCCUCAAAACUGGACUCGCCAUCUGGCCAAGCUUUGCGGUUGGCUUGUAGUCAUUCCUGGCCGAAGAAGAAAAACGCAUGAGGAGGAACGACGGGGCUUCUGUGAUGCCCAGGAGAGUGGCCCAGCGCUGGGACAAAGCUCGACCACGCCCAUUCCCGCUGAGACUCGAAGUAUACAGGAGAGAGAACGGGAACGUGAAAGAGAGAAGGACAAGGAGCAAACGGUAAUUCUUCAGCAGCAGCAGGAGCUCUGCUCAUUGACGGGACUGGCUAGCAAGGCGUCCAGUCAGCUGCAGUCCAUUAUAGACCGUCUACUACUUCAAAAUAUGAAACUGGAAAUCCAGCUUAAAACGGUGGCCACAUCUUCUAGUGCUGAGAUAUCUGAGUUUCUCAGCGCCCAUCAGAGCUUCCUUUUGCAGAUUAUUGAGGACAUGCGGCAGCUAUCGUGCUCUCCAGCGGCUGCUCCCGUGACUUCGGAUGCCGCUGUCGCAGCAGCUCCUCUAGUCAGCUCCACUUUCCUUAGCUCCAGCACUCCGCAGCGUCACAUCUUCGAUAUGUAUGGGCCGGUGGGAGCCAACCUUACACACUCCAUUAAUGGCGCAGAUUUAAAUCGCAGCUAUUUGGAAGCCAACAAGUCAGACUACUCGUUGAAUGACAUCAGUCUGUGGUUCGAUCAACGGCGAUCAAGCCUGCAACACCAUCCGCAGCACGCCACUGGUUCCGCGCCAGCUCCCCUUUCCCUGCCCAUGCCAUUGGGCGCUCUGCUGGAGCACCCAGUUUCAAAGGAUGGGUCUAUGCGCGACACAGAAAUGGUUAACUUUAAGUUGCUGUUGCACAAGGUCAAGGAGAUUGUCGAGGACUCGUACAGCGACAAUGCUGAACUUUCUGCAGCGACCCAAAAUCUGGAGAAUGUUCUGGAUAGCAUUAUAAAAAGCGAAGAGCAGCAGCGCCGCAUCAGCACGUAAAGGGGUCAAGAAGAAGCCCAAUCCAAUUCAAUUCCCUCCAGACGAAGUCUCUUUAGGCCAAGAUACUUUAAGUUUUAAGUCAUUUAAGUGUCCAGACAAGAUCUAUAGAUCAUUAAAGAAAACAUACUUGACUAAGAAA